UAGUUGCUCCCUCGAAGGCCCGCUUGCAACAUCACGGGUGUGAGCGGGUCUUAACAAAUUCGGCGCGAACACAAAAUAACACGCAAAAAUUCAAUAAAAGUGCAGUGUUGUGUCUGUGUUGUGUUGUGUCAGUGUCUAAAUAAAAAAAAAUGGAAUGACGAAAGUCAAAGGAGUGAGGUGAACACGUAUUGUUAUUUUCUUACAAGGAACAGUGACAGUGCCUUCCAGUGCAACCCAAGGAUUUUAAUUCACAAUUGUUUAUGAAAAUAGAACGUGGUGACGAUUAAUAAACUAACAAACAUCGGAAUAAAAUUUCAAAUUUAAAUCUUGUGUUCUAUUCCACGUAAAUUCGAAUAACGGAUUUUAGAUAAUUGAGCAAACGUUGUUCGGUUAACUAAAAUCUCUAAUAAACAACAAAUUGGCAUUUUUAAAUAUUUCUUUUUUGUUCUAAAGAAUAUUUUUAAAUUCAAAUAAAUUCUUCUUCUGUUUCGGUUUUCUGUUUGCAGAUAUUUUUUGUGUUCUCUCAAUAAUUGAUUAAGAGAUAUAACCUAACCAAUAGAAUAAGGGAUCAAGUGAACAAUUACAAUAAAUACAAAUAGUGCCUUACUUAGAUGUUUAUUUAAGACGAACGGAAGAAAACAAAACAUAAUCACGGAGACAAAAUGCCAAAAAAUUUGUUGCUCUUCAAAAAGUUAAUACCGGAAUUAAACUUCGCAAAGAGAAAUCUCACAUCCCCGCUCGGCCGGAAUAUAUUCAUCAGUUAAACUCCAAAAAACCUGGUGCUUAUUAUAAAAAUAAUCAACAAAGUUGAAGAAACAAUAUUACAAAAACAAAAAAACUGGGAGUGCCAUAGUUUUUUCGAAGAAAAUUACUAAUGGUGUAACGAACACAUAAAAAAAAACAAAACAGUUGCCUUACCGACAUAGUCGAACAAAAAAACAAUUUUUACCCAAACAAAAAUAAAAAAAGAAGAAAUUUGAACCAUCAAUUGGAACGCCAACGUCUAGUGAUAGUAGUGUGGACCGCAAUGCGAAUUCGAUUCGCACAAACACAAAAUCAUUGGCCGAAAGUAACUUAGAAGAAAAAAGUUUUCGAAGAGUACAAGAAAAGGCGGAAAGACGGCCGAUAAAAAUUCGAAAAUCUUUGAAAUCAUGAACAGCAACCAGUUCCACGAUUUAUUCGGCUCGCAGUGGCCCCCAGAUCAGCACGGAGGUCACUCGUCGGCUUCCACCAUGCUGCACCAAUCACAGGGAUUGCCACAAGGCAUGCAGUUGAAGAGAGAGCCCCAUACUGAUGGUCAGCAGGUCAUGCACAACCAGAUGCCGAUGGACAUCACUUCAGGGUCCGUGGCGGACAGUACAUCACCCCCGCCUGGGGGCAACGAAGGGAUGUACGGAUCAUCUAUGCCUGGGAUGUAUAUGGACAAGAAAGGACCUAACUCCAUACGAGCUCAAAUUGAAAUAAUACCAUGCAAGGUGUGUGGAGACAAGUCAUCAGGGGUCCACUAUGGAGUGAUCACCUGCGAAGGAUGCAAGGGAUUCUUCAGAAGGUCACAGAGCACAGUGGUGAACUACCAAUGUCCGCGAAACAAGUCGUGUGUCGUGGACCGAGUUAACCGGAACCGCUGUCAAUAUUGCAGAUUACAGAAGUGCUUGAAACUCGGAAUGAGUCGAGAUGCGGUGAAGUUUGGACGUAUGUCGAAAAAGCAACGCGAGAAAGUUGAAGAUGAGGUGCGAUUCCAUCGUGCACAGAUGAGAGCGCAGACUGAUACAGCGCCUGAUUCAGUUUAUGAUGCCCAGCAGCAGACACCAAGCUCAAGCGACCAGUUCCAUGGUCAUUACAACGGAUACCCAGGCUACGGGUCUCCACUAUCAUCAUAUGGGUACAACAACCCACAGCCACUCCAGUCCAACAUGGGUGGAAUCCAGCCCCAGCCUACCCAACAACAGCCUUACGACGUAUCAGCUGACUACGUCGACUCCACAACAGCGUACGAGCCGAAACAAACUGGAAGUUUCCUGGAUCAAGAUUUCAUCAGUCAUGACGAACAACAAAAAGGGACAACAAUAGUUCGACCAACUGGGUCCACGUCCACAUCAACGGCAACCACAUCAACAACAUCAAUGCGACAAUCGACAAUUAACGAAAUACCUCGAUCAAGACUCCAAGAAUACGAUCGCUACGAAGAAUCCAGAAUCCAAUCCCCGGCCUCAAUUUCCAGCGGCGUAUUAAAUAUAAAACAAGAAAUCAAACCAGAAACUUCAAUGAGUGUUGAUAACUUAGUACCAAGUUACGUGGACUCCACCACAUUUUUACAUAGUCCAUCGAAUAUCCAACAUAGUCCAAUGGACAUCCAGAAUUCGGUGUUGGUCAGUGGACAUAACUCUGUGUCGAUGACCAGUGAUGACCUGAGUCCAGAUGACUUGACGUCGAGUAGUGGGCAUGGGAGAUUGAUGGAUCCUCUAAAUAUGAAUAUGACUGGAAUGGGUAUGGUGAACCCUAAUGCCGUUUCCAGAAGAUCUCAAGGCACAAGCCAUACUACGAACGAUGAUAUGCCGUCGGAGGGCGAUAUAAGCAAGGUGCUUGUGAAGAGUUUGGCUGAAGCUCACGCGAACACCAACCCCAAACUGGAAUACAUUCAUGAGAUGUUCAGAAAGCCACAGGAUGUGUCCAAACUCCUAUACUACAGCUCAAUGACCUACGAAGAGAUGUGGCUGGACUGCGCAGACAAGCUGACAGGCAUGAUACAGAACAUCAUUGAGUUCGCCAAGCUGAUACCUGGCUUCAUGAAGCUCACGCAAGAUGACCAGAUCUUGCUAUUGAAGUCUGGUUCCUUCGAGUUGGCCAUUGUCAGACUGUCUCGACUGAUAGACGUGAACCGUGACCAAGUGCUGUACGGAGACGUGGUGCUGCCCAUCAGGGAAUGCGUGCAUGCACGUGAUCCCCGUGACGUGGCGCUAGUGGUGGGUAUAUUUGAGGCGGCGAAGACGAUCGCGCGACUCAAGCUGACUGAGACUGAACUCGCGCUCUACCAGAGCCUUGUGCUAUUGUGGCCAGAGCGACACGGAGUCCGUGGUAACCCUGAGAUCCAGUGUCUGUUCAACAUGUCGAUGGCGGCGAUCCGACACGAGAUCGAGUCCAACCACGGGCCCGUCAAGGGUGACGUCACAGUGCUAGACACACUCAUCAACAAAAUACCCAACUACAGAGAACUGGCGUUGAUGCACUUGGAGGCGCUGUGUCGUUUCAAGGCGGCGCACCCGCACCACGUGUUCCCGGCACUAUACAAAGAGCUGUUCUCACUUGACAGUGUCCUGGACUACACCCACGGCUAGGCCCACUAGGCCUACCCCCAGGUUUCUCUCAGAUUUCGUUAGACCGAUCUCAUUUUUGCCCAACAUAGCUGGACGGUGGCAUUUUGAGACCUUAUCAAAGACUCUAGACAGCUUGACAGCUAUUUUUUUUAUUAAUUCCCACUGCAAAACUAAACGCAUAUAAAUAUUUGUUAAUAAUAUAUUUAUAAUUGUAUGUAUGUACCUUGAGACUGUUAAAAUAUUUACUUAAAAGUAUGUACGUACAAUAAUUAAAAAAAGGAGGUUUAUUUAAUUCGAUUCUAGUUACAUUUAAAUGCGUUUAGCUUUACAUUUAAUCUCAGAAUAUAUGAAUUUUUUUUUUCAUUUGUUAUGAAAAAUUCUCUUAUUAUUUUAUUUUUCGUAACAAGAAUUAUAUUAUCUAGCGUUACACACACAUUUUUGUGGUUUAUUUACUGCAUAAUUAGACAUAGAGAAUGUUUGAUUGUGUAUUUGUAUACAAAGGAAUAUCGUAAUAUAAUUAUCGUAAAGUGUAUCUAACUCUGAAUGAAGAAAUAAUAAUAAUUAUUAUAUAAAGAUAUAAUAAUAGGGAUAGAGUUUUUAUUAAGAAAUAAAUAAAAAAGUUAUAAAAGUGUAGCAUGUUGAAGAUCACACGGUUUCAGCCGAACGGAACUUAUUUAACUGUAGGAUUCAUUUUUUUAUUAAUUUUAACGGUUUUUUUAAAGAUGUAACUUGUUAUUUAUUUCAAAUGAUUAUUAAUUAUUAUUAUUAUUGAUGUUUUUUCGCCUCUGUAGAUUUUCGUUUUAAGUUGUAAUAUAGGAUACAUUAUACUGCCCGUUUUGUAUUUUUCGUUGUUUUUAUAUUAAAAUAAUAAAGGAUACAUAUUAUGGCGAAUAUGUUGAAGCGAUGGAAAAAUGCAAAUCAUAAUUAUUAUAUUUAAUUUUUAAGUCGAGUAACAGUCGUGCGUUGAACAAAAUUUUUUUAAUGAGAAACCCCUUUUCAGGAGUAAUCAAAUUUUCUCGGACAAAAAAUCUUGUUUUGUUUUUUGUAAUAAUUAGCAGGCAAUUUUAAUUUUCUAUUUUUUUUCAUUAGUUUUUUUUUCAUUUCCUCGCGCGUAGACUUUAUUGAUCUCAUUUUUUGUUUCAUAAUUUUUGCUUGGUGCCAUUUGGAGUUAAAUAUGUCACAUUUCUCGCAUAAUAAGACGAAUAAAUCAAUAAAAACUAAAAAAACCCCUACAAUUAAAUGCAUAAUAAAAAUGAACUGUUGUAUUUUUUUCCGUUGAUACGUAAAUUGAAUUUUAUUUUUACCAUUUUUAUUUUUUUUGUGUAUCUUUAGCUUUUUUUGCAAACUUAAAUACGUAUUGUUAUGUAUUUUUGUAUUUUUUAAAUUUAAUUUAAAUUGCCUGCUACUAAUAAUUAGGAUUAUGGAGUAACCGAGCAUCAGUUUUCUAACAUUAUACUAAGUUGUCGAAUAGCCUUACUAUAGACUGGAUUAUAAUUAAAGUUAUAAAAAAAGUAUAAAUCUUAACUUGUAUUUUGUAAAUAGUUAUUAAUCAUAUGUAUUUUUUAUUAAAUAUUAUGAGGUUUAAUGGGUUA